AUGGCUGAAAAGAAGAAAGCAUUACAGAUCAAUCCACUAGAUAUAACGGAAUCAUUAGGAUAUACAACUUUCAGAAGAGAUUCAAGAAAACCAUGGACCAAAGAAGAGGAUAGAAGAUUAAGUGAACUAGUGCAUGGAAAGUUGAUAGAGUUAGGAUAUGAAGAGGGUAUAAAAUCUUUGAAUCACAACUCAUGGGAUGUCAAUCAGACGCAAUUACCACAAGAAAUUGAUUGGGAAGAGAUUGGAGAGAAAUUACAGACAAGAAAACCAAAGGAUUGUAGAAAGAGAUGGACCAAUUCAUUAGAUCCAAAUUUGAAAAAGGGGAAAUGGACAGCUCAAGAAGAUGAAAAAUUGUUAGCCUCAUAUAAGAUUCAUGGAUCUUCAUGGCAAAAGAUUUCAUUAGAUAUACCGGGUAGAACAGAUGAUCAAUGUGCUAAGCGUUAUAUUGAAGUUUUAGAUCCCAACACGAAGGAUCGGUUAAGACCAUGGAACCUUGAAGAGGAUUUGGAGUUGAUAAAGAAAGUGAAAUUAUACGGUACAAAAUGGCGUACAAUAUCGUUGGAAAUGAAGAGUCGACCAAGUUUAACUUGCAGAAACAGAUGGAGAAAGAUUGUUACCGAUGUUGUUAGAGGUAAGGCUUUACCUGAAAUAAAGCAAGCAUUAGAUUCAAUUCAAGGUGGAUUUUCAACUUUAGAAAAAAUCAAUGAAAACUUGGAGAGACAAAGACAGACACAAAUGGAUACACCAAAUGAUGAAUUAAAAGGGAACGCUGGAGUUCGCAAUCAUCAUGGUGAUAGUUUUGAAAGAUCUAAAUCUAUGAAAUCUCAAACCAAUGGAACUAUACCAUCUUUAACAUCCAUGGCUUCACCAUCAUAUUCUGGUGCCCUUGGUGAAUCUCCUAAACCACACAACACAGAAAUUGAUUGGAAAUACACUUUGAAGGAUACAUCCGGGUUAACUUUGUCAAAUGGUAAUAUUUCAACAACCGAUUUAGCUAAGCAAUUGAUUGAAAACGCCAAAAGAUAUGAUUUGAAAAUUUCUAUUCAUCAACAUAUCCAUCAUCAUUAUGCACCAACUGGAUCACUUCCAAAAGGUGCAUCCCCAGUUGAAUCAACAACUUCACAGAACUCAGGAAAUCCUGAUGAUUUGGUCAUGCCAAACAGAUAUUCACAUUUCAACUAUCUCCCUCCUAUGGUUCAACCCCAAUUAGAAAGUUCAAAUACAAUAACCACGAAAGAAAGUGAUUUGGCUAGAUUAUUGAAUCCUUCAGGACAUCAUCAACAGCAACAACAUUAUCAACAUGGGAACGUUAAGAAUGGGAAGAGGAAACUAUCAGGAUCAAGCAGUAACAAUAGUAGAUCAAAGCAAAGACCAGCAGUUUCAAGUCGUCACCAACCAUCAACUGGCUUUACAGAUUCACAUAGGAAACCGUCAUUUAAUCAAGAUGAAUUAGAAGAUGAGCUUGAUUUCUGGGAGACAAUGAGAAGUUUGAGUCAAGUGGUGAAUAACAACAACAGUAACAACAUACAAUCAAGUUCCAACAUGCAUAGACUUCCCCAAACUGUUCCACCAAGAGGAAAUACGCCCAAUGGAGGAGCUAAUGAUCUGGGUUUAUAUUACAGUGUAUUCGGAGAGGAUGAAGAAGAUAUUGAUGAUGAUGAAUUCAAGAAUGAUCUUAAGGAUAUUGAAGGUUUGGCUGGGAUUCUACCUUUCAAUCCUUCAUGA